AUGGUGGCAAUGAUGCGCGAGAUGCCGAAGAAUACCUACUUCCUUCCUUGGCAAAAGGCCCAGGGCUUCGCGCAGCAGAUCCUGGACGCGGAGCCGUGCUGGAUGAACCGGGCCGUGCAGGUGCCGCGUACCAGGGGAUGCUUUCUCUGGGAGAACAGCAUCGUCAGCCCAAGCUUGCAGGGCCUGCUGGAGGGCCACACGGAAGCCACUGGCCGGGACUACAAAGUGGAGAUCGAGGUGCGGCCCGUGGACGACUUCACUUUGCAUGCAGUGGAGCAAGGCAGCUACUUCACCGUGGAGAUUGAUGGUUAUCGUUUGGAGAAGACUUUCAACGAUACACACAUCAUGCACAUCACGGCGCGAAGGGGAUCUUGCGGCAGGGACAUCUUCUGGAGUCACUUCUGGCCAUUCUUUCGCUCGACGAAUUUGAUGAUGCUGAGCCUUUUCCAUGCAGCCCGGGAGGCACAGGCCUCCUCUGAGGAGGAGGUGCUGAAGGUGCGCAAGAGCUGCCGCCUGCUUCCGCCACAGGAGCUGCAGGCACUGUUUAGCGCCGCCAGCUUGCCGAGCCCAGACGACCCCAGCCACCUUGUGCCGGCGGACCACGCGGCAGUGGAGCGGGUGGCUGAGUGGAGGCGCCGCGCCUUGCGAGCAGCCCUGAGGUCGCCCUGCUCGACAACUCCGCCAGGACCUAUUGGCCUGAUGGACGUGGCCAUGCAAAGCGAGCCACCUGAGGAGGCGCCAAGCUGGGUGUACCGUGGCGAGGAUCUGCGCGAAGAGAAGGGGCAGGAGCUGGGCCGCUGGAAGGGCCAAGUCUUCAGGGAGGACUGGUUCCGCCUCAUCGGAAAAGCAGAGUACUGGCUGGCGCAUGCCUACCUGGAGCUGAGCCGCCGGGAGCCCGGCCUGGGCUCUCCGGAGCUGGCCUGCGAGGUGCUUUGCAGCGGUCUGUCUUCUGGUCGCCUUACCACGCGCUUCCCGGGCUGCGCCCGAAUAGCUCAGCGAGCCCAGAAGGCCCUGGAAACGGAGUUCUGGCGUGCGCUGCUGGCAGUGGAUCGCUGCCGGCUCGAUCGCCUUCACGCCGCCGGCAAGCCAACUCUGGCUGCGCAGCCUCCUGUCAAGCCGACCUGGAUUGAUACGCAGACGCUGUUCACGCCGGACAUGACCAAGAGCCUUGUUGCUCACGUCUCCCAUGCGCUGCGCUUUGCUGUGAGCAUGAAGGAGAAGCAGGCUUUGGGCUACGCGCUGAUCGAAGCCUGGCGACUCUGCGGUGACAUGCUGUCCAGCCGCGCAGGCGCCAUGCAAGAGCUGGCGCGUGUGGUGGGAGAUGCCCGGCAAUUGUACCUGGAGCUGGUGGUGGAGAAGUCCUGCGCCCACACCGGCCUGGCCAAGCUGAUGAUGUGGCAGAUCUACGAGCAGCACAGCUGCUUCGCCACAGGCAUCCGCGCUGACUGGGCAGAGAAUGUGCGCUCUCCCAGUUUCCAGGCGGACGUGCAGGCCUUCUUGGACCUGAUCGGGGCGCGGCAGAAGCAGACGGGCAGCCAGGUCCUGUCCCGGGAGUUGGAGGUGGUGGAGAUUCAGCCGGUGGCCCACGGCACCUCCAUGCAGGCGUACUUGGCGCGGCGCGAGGAGCUGAAGGUGUCGAUGCACCCAAAGUGCGCAGGCAUGGUCAGCGAGAGCCUCACCGUGGGCGCCACUGGGCCUUGGACGCACAACGCCAUCCGGCGCUGCCAGGGCAUGUGG